AGGAGCUGGAGCAGAAGUUGAAGAAGGACCAGAAGGUAUGUUUCCUGGAACUCGGUGACUUUGGCCCGAAUUGGUAAUUGGCGGCCAGCUUUCCUGAUUUUUGGCGGACGUCAGAAACUAGGUGAAUCAUAUACUAGAUCAAACUGCUCGUUCUAUGUGAAAUUGUGAAUGCGUGGGGAAAGAUCACUUAUUGGCCAGGUUGUUCUCUUGCAGGCAAGAGAGAAGGAAGAGAAAAAGCUUAAGGCAAAGCAAAAGGAGGCGGCUAGGCUCCAGGCUCAGGCUGCUUCGGAUGGACCUAAGAAAAGCGAGAAGAAACAAAGGAAAAAAGCUGAUGACAAUGAAAAUCCUGAGGAUUUCAACGAUCCAGACACCCCUAAUGGGCAGAAGAAAUCAUUGGCAACUCGAAUGGCCAAGCAGUAUAGCCCAAGUGUAGUCGAAAAAUCGUGGUAUGCCUCGUGGGGGUCUUCGGGAUAUUUUGGGGCAGAUCCUGCUAGCACAAAACCACCCUUUGUCAUAGUUCUGUCACCUCCGGAUGUGACUGGAGUGCUUCAUAUAAUCCAUGCACUUAUGGUUGCUAUAGAGAUGCUAAUACCUUGGCGGAGGAUGUCUGGUUAUAAUGCUCUUUGGGUCACUGGAGUGGACAAUGCUGGGAUUGCUACACAGGAUUCGUGCAAGUCGUCUGCUAAUUCCCGUUUGCGAGCUGUUGGGUGCGUGAAUGCAGUUGAGGUGCACAUAGGUUAACUUUUCAUCAGGCUUUACUUGCUUCGAUUAGUUUUAUUUUCCACUACUUCUUUUCCAUAUGGGUUGGAGUGGGAGCUAUGAUUUUCUCAUUUGAGGGUAUCUGAAUGAGUACUAAGCAAACAAUUAUAUUUAGGAACAAAACAGAGAAAGGAAAGGAGAUAGUAAGACCUGACCAGCAGCAAAGCACACGUGGUGAGAUGCACUGAUUCCUUUUCUUUCCGAAUUACUUGUUGAACCAUUUACACUUAAGAAUGUGCAUGUGUGUGUUAUUCAGUUACUUGGUUUAUGUCAAGCUAUGUGCUAGCUUCUCAUUCUUCUGCUUCUUUUUUUUGCUUGUACACUAAUUACCAAAUGCAUAAUCUUGCAGGAUAAAUUCUAUCAUAUUGUAUGCGAUAUGCAAAAUCAAGAUAUUAUAUAUAGAUAGUGAGCUACAUGUUACUUAGAUCUAUUUGAAGUAGCAUUUCAUUAUCACCUGUUCCCACUACAGCGGUUUCAAAGGAAAUGGAGCGGAUUGACCAACUUUUCUAUAUAUUCGCUGAUAGCUCAUCCAAUAUGAUUGGGUUUUUUCAAACACCUGUCUGCCAUUAUUUUUGAUAUACAACUACAAGGCUAGCAAAAUCGUGGGAGACAUUUAGAAUUAAUUUAAUUUGACACUUGGAUGAAACGGCCGAACGAACUCGGUGUAUCUUGAUCCUGUUAAUUGAACUAUGCAGGGCACAAUAAACAUUCCGUUUUCUUAUUUCUCUAUUCCUCUUUGCCGCUUUAGUUACUCCAGUUUACUUUGUCAUGUGACAUUUGUUCCAUUAUUAUUGCAAAAUAUAGUUCAAUCUGGUCACAUGGAGGUUGUAUGGAAUCUCUUUUUACUUCGUCUCUGUAUUAAGAGAAUUAUAUUCUCCAGUUCUGACCAGCACCUUCUCUUUCCGUGUUCCAUAUCAUGAAUAGUUCUUUAAAAUACUUCUUGUGCUUUAUAGCUUGCUAACCUUGAAAUCGGUGGUCAUUCCAACUCUUCUAUGGAUACUGCUUGAGCAAUGUGAUCAAUCGUGGGGACAACAUCUAUAUGUGAUCACACAACAGUUGUUGCUAUCUAUUCAUUCUUACGUUCGCGUAUUGUCAAGAUUUUCUAGGUAGGUGCUCUUUAUUGUCAUUAGCAUCUUCCAGGAGUGUUUUGUUUUAGACAAACAUGUAAUGGCAUGUCAAUCUUAGCUCACCAAUUUUCAGAUAUGUCCUCAGAUAAACAAGUGCUUUUGGAUUUGAAUAGAUUGUCACAUGAGUAUUGAUCAUCAAUGAAAAUUUGCUAUUUUGUUCUCCAAUGUUGCUAGAUAAGUAGGAACGGGCAUUGAAGUUAUUUUCAGCUGGUAGUUUUCUUUCAAUCACGCAUGCAAAUUGAGAAAUACAAACACAUGCUGCUUGUAUGAUUCUAUUAUCAUGUCUUUUCUUAUUGUGUGUGCUACCCUCCUAUAGUAUGUUCUGUCAUUUCAAUUCUCUUUUCCCCCAAAUAAUGUGCAUUAAUAUGUUUUGUUUUCUACUCCCUCUGUUCCUAAAUAUUUGUCUUUCUAGAGAUUUCAACAAGUGAUUAUAUACGGAGCAAAAUGAGUGAAUCUACACUCUAAAAUAUGUCUACAUACAUCCGUAUAUGGUAGUCCAUUUAAAAUCUUUAAAAAGACAAAUAUUUAGGAACGGAGGGAGUAUAACUGAAGUACUCUUCCAGGUAUUUUGGUUUUAUCCUCUGUACAUCUUCAGCUUUAUAAUAAGUACACCACGGUAUGCUGAGUCCCUCUGAAUAUUCAAAGGCUUACUUCCCUUAUUUAGACUGUUGAUUUCUUUUCGAACAAUAGACCCUUGUUUCAGUUCAUAAGAGAAUCAUGUAGCUACAGCAGUUAAUAUGUUUUUUAGUUUUAUUAUAAGUUAAUUGCAGAAUAAGUGUGUUAUAAUAUAAAUAUCGAGUCUAUGAUUGUAUAUAUGUGUCAAACCUCAAUGAACUGGUUUUGGUUGAUACUAUUUUAAAUUAAGUUUCGCAUACUCCCGAAUUUCUAAUUUACUGUUACUGAUAUGAUUAUUAUAUAUGCUGCAGCAAAUGUCAGCAUGUCAAUUUAGAGCCUCAUUACAUUUAUGUCAAUAUUUGUUUCAUCUUAGUGCACCAUGCUACAAGUUCCUGGAAAAUUAUUUUUGUCUCCUGAUGGAUGGUUUUGCAACUACUUCCAUUUCACAAGGCUUAUAUCAUAUGCGCAUAAGUUUGUUACUGAAUCUGGGAGAUGUAGUAAAAUAUGGAAAUUAUGCGUUUCUUUGCAUUAGACAGAUGGAACUGUUUAGUUCAUAUUUGCUAAUCUUCUAUGUGUUGUGUAUGGUGCACCGAAAGUGUCCUUCUGCUCCCGAGCUCAAAUGAGCUUGGUGAACAGUAAAAUCAAAAUUCAGUGCUUGCAAAAAUUCAUCAUGGAAUCACAUUUGUAGAAGACAUGGAAAAGAAAAUCAAUGCUCCAAAAUGCUUUUGAAAGUAGCAGUUUCAGAGUACUGAUUUUGUUUUUUUGCCAUGCCUUCUACAAAUGUGAUUCCAUGACGAAUUUUUGCAAGCGCUUAAAACUUUUGUCAAUGUUUGUCACGAUUUUUUGAAUUUUACUGUUCACCCAAUCUCAUUCGAGCUUGGGCUCAGAAACUCUGCGUCCAUGGUGCACUCCUUAUUUGUUUUCCACACCAUAGAGUAAACUGAAAAUAAGGUAAGUUUUGUUGUUACAGGUAUGAAGCCUUGUCUUACAAUCCAUGCCCUUUUGUGAUGUUAACCAUCUUAUGCCAGGGCCGACGAGGAAGAGGACCGGCGCAGGGGGCUCGACAGACGGAACUCGGAUUCGAAGCGGGGCGCCUAGCGGCGGCAAGAAGGUCUGGGUAAGAGUGCGCGGUGUACCUAGGCGCCAUGCCGGUGGAUCUGGCACGGCGGCCGGACCGACGAGAAAGAGGACCAGCGGACUGGGGCUCGACAAGGCGGCGCUGGCAGCCAUGCUGGUGUUCAAAUUCAAGGCCAUGCAAUAACCAAAGGUUGUUAGCUGGUGCUUACAUGUUGCCUCAUCGUCUCCCUUGUUGGAAGCGUUGGUGGCUGCCGCUGUUUGAUAGUUAGCCAUCGAGUACACAAUUUUUUUUUUGCUAGCUUGUUUCAAUUGGAACUGAUAAUUUUUGGCCAUGACUUCUAGAUUGUGAUCCUACUUGCAUCAGUGAUAAGUGAAGUUCAUAGUUGAUGAUA